AAUAUUUUGACUGAUGUAAUCAAUGAACAUCAGUCUUGCUGUGAAAACAGAAAUUAUCAUGAAACGGCAGCGUUUGUAGGGCUUUUGCUGUUUGUUUGUUCUGUCCUUUACAGUGGUCCACACUCCGGAUCAGCAUCUGUGCUCUUCCGCCAUCGUCAGCCGCAAUGAAGAACUCUGACAUCAACUCUGCACUGAAAUGGUGCUCCCGUUCAAGAACUCGAAACGUCUCGAGUGUUUCUUAUUACUCUACCACCACCACCACAGCUGCAACUACCGAGGAUCGUUUCCGGGAUGGUAAAAUGCGGACUCUGUAUCGUCGAAUAUUGCCCAAUCUACAUUCGGCUUCGAUUGUUCCGGUUCUCGAUCAGUGGAUCGAAGAAGGUCAAAAAGUCAAUAGGUUUGACCUAGUUGGCAUCAUCAACGACCUCAGGCAUUACAAACGCUAUAAUCACGCUCUUGAGGUAUGUAUGUGGAUGUCUGACAAAAGAUAUUAUCCAAUUACACACACUGAUAUUGCAAAUCGGCUGGACCUAAUCUCAAAAGUUCAUGGGAUAAAACAAGCUGAGAAUUAUUUUAACGACAUUCCAAUAGAAUUGAAAGUUGCUGAGGUUUAUAGUGCUCUACUCAACUGCUAUGCGUAUGCCAAACAGGUGGUGGAAGCAGAGGUCAUCAUGCAGCAAAUGAAGGAUUUGGGAUUUACUAUUACAGCAAUGCCGUAUAAUGUUAUGCUCAAUUUGUAUUAUCAAACUGAGAAUCGUGAAAAAAUUGAUUCCCUGAUGCGAGAAAUGGAUGAAAAGGGCAUUCUUUGUAACAAAUUUACGUAUAGCAUCUGGCUCAGUUCAUAUGUAGCAGAUGCCAAUAUGACGGGAAUUGACAAUGUACUAACAAGGAUGUCAUCUGAUUCGGAAGUUACCAUUGAUUGGCUGACUUAUUCUGUUGCAGCAAAUGGAUACAUCAAAGCUGGGCUUGUGGAAAAAUCUUUCGCAAUGCUGAAAAAAUCUGAGGAACUUCUGUUAACUGCCAAGAAUUUGAGUACAGCAUUUGAGUGCCUUCUCACACAAUAUGCAGCCACAGGGAAGAAAGAAGAAGUAUUAAGACUAUGGGAACAUUUUAAAAUGAAGCAUGAAGUGUAUAAUAAGGGAUAUUUAAGCAUGAUAACCUCACUGUUGAAGCUUGACGACAUUGGAAGUGCUGAGAAGAUCUUUGAGGAAUGGGAAUUCAAGAAGGCAAAAUAUGACAUUCGAAUCCCAAACGCCUUAAUCGGUGGUUACUGCAGGAGAGGUCUUCUAGGGCAGGCUAAAACCUUGGUUGAUCGAGUCAUAUCAGAGAAUGAGAAACCAAAUGCAAAAACAUGGAAUCAUUUCACAACAGGUUACAUAAUGCAUAACCAAAUCGACAAGGCAGUUGAAGCACUCAAAGAAGAAAUUUUUGUUGCUGAACCUCCGCAGAAGCCGAGCAAGGAUAAUUUAGUUGCGUGUUUGGAAUUCUUGAAAAGGAAAGGAAAUGUAGAGGAAGCGGAAGAAAUAAUAAGGCUACUUAAGUAUAAGGGUUUCAGUGUCCAUGAAGUUUCGGCAACGGAUGUUGAAAAUGAUAAGAGAAGGGUAAUUAAGAACAGAAAACUACUUAAAGAUAUGAAAGGGCAAAGGGAUGGAAGAAAAUAGAGGAACUUGUGAACUUUAGGAAUCUAAGGAAAUAGAGAAAUUGGUAUUUUGGCAGUAGUUACUCGUUACCAAGGUCCAUGAACCAACGAAGCUCAGAAACCAGAAAAUUACUUGAUCGAACUCACUGACUAAGUACCUGAAAUUGUAUUACUUUGUAAGAUACUUUAAUGUGGAAGCAAAUUAGCUUGCAUUCAGAUCAAGGGUAUAUUCUUUUAUGGGUUUAUCUGGUGAAACUAUUUAUUUAGGAAAAAAAAAAAACUGUUCACUUGGUACACUUAAAUGUUUGGAGCUGUCCUAUUCCUAAGGGCAUUCCCAUGGUGACCAAUAAAGAAUAGAGAUGCUCUCAACACUAACGUAUUUCGAUGGUGGUAAUUGCAAGACGUCUUUCAAUGCUAA